AUGGGAAACAAAAAAAGGAGUAUGAAGACAGUACCUAAGGAGUUUACUUCUCUUUUUCGAGUACAUCCUGGGAGAGAUCCCCCAAGAAGAGACACAAGGGAAGUUCAAAAAAGUAAAAAACAUGGAUUUAGAUUUACUUCGUUACCAGAUCUUCCUGUUGCUAGUAAUGCGUUACAAGAACUAUUGCUUGAAUACGGCUUACUCAACGACAUAAGAUGGGACUCAAAAGGCUCCAAGGCGAGUAAAACCAAAAAGAUCAAACUAAAACCAAUUAAUUCUUUUAUUGCAUUUAGAUCUUUCUACUCAAGAACCAUUUCCAAUCCCGAACAUCAACGAGAGUUAUCAUCCAAACUAGCGGAGGUUUGGACUCAAGAAUCAAAUCAAGAAGUAUGGAAACAAUACACCCAAUCAUAUAAUAAUUAUUUACUUCUUCCAGAAGCCAAAUUGAAUUUUGUGGAUUGGCUAUGCGAAGCUUUGGAUUAUACAAUUGAGAAUGCAACGCCACUGUUAGAAGAUAUUCUGUUAACUAGUUACAAUCAGUUACUAUCAGGUACAAUUGAGGAUGUUUACAUGUUGAAGUGA